CGCGCGCGCGCACGCCGUACGAGUUGCGCGUAAUAGCGCCGUUGCUAUUUUUAGCAACAACGUUGCGGUAGUGGAAGCCAUCAAAGUGGGGUGGCGUUCACUUGCCGCUUUGACGUCCGCGCACACUCCAUCAUGACGGGACAGGAUGCCGCCUGACGUCUUCUCUUCUCGGCUGAUGCGCGCCUCUCCUUUUCCAGCGGGAGGGGGGAAAAAACGCCGGUGGACGGCAAACUUUUUUCACCAUGGAACCUGCGCCGCUUCGUGGCAACAGCACGUUUGGGAGCCGGUCUGGUUCGGUCUGCGCACCCUUGGCAUUUUAGAAGAAGGUUGCAUCUCGCUGAUGACUGUUCAAUGACAAAUAACUGGGCCGGAAACGCGAAGGAGGUGUUUUUUUUGUUUUUUUUUCCCGCCCAUCUGUCAAGUGUAAAAAAUAUUAGUUUUUCCACCCCCCCUGCCUCUUAUGGGAAUUAAGCACUCGUCCCGUUGCAUGCUCCUCAGGAGAAAAAUGGCGGAUUCUGAGAGCAAUGAGCUGCCACAGCCGCAGCCGGUCCGCAUCAUUCCAUCGCGGUCGGCUCAGCCCACCUCCUUGCCAAAGCCUGUGCCUUCCAUCCAGCAGCCGACACCAAGACCUGUUCUACCGCCACACACGCCACACGCCGCCGGCCUUCCCAACUGCUCUGGGCGGGGCAAGAUGGCAAAGCUAUGUAACCCCGAGGAGAUGACCUCAAAGGACUACUACUUUGACUCGUACGCCCACUUUGGCAUCCACGAGGAGAUGCUAAAGGACGAAGUGAGGACCCUGACCUACCGCAACUCCAUGUACCACAACAAGCACGUGUUCAAGGAUAAAAUAGUUCUUGAUGUGGGAAGUGGCACUGGGAUCUUAUCCAUGUUUGCAGCCAAAGCAGGAGCGAAGCACGUGUAUGGGAUUGAAUGUUCCAGCAUAUCAGAAUACUCGGAAAGAAUCAUCAAGUCCAACCACCUUGAGAGCGUGAUCACCAUCAUCAACGGAAAGGUGGAGGAAGUGGAGCUUCCUGUGGAGAAGGUUGAUAUCAUUAUAUCAGAGUGGAUGGGCUACUGUCUCUUCUACGAAUCCAUGUUGAACACGGUUAUCUUCGCCAGGGACAAGUGGCUGAAACCAGGUGGAUUAAUGUUUCCUGAUCGAGCCUCUUUGUACGUUUUGGCCAUCGAGGACAGGCAGUAUAAAGACUUCAAAAUACACUGGUGGGAGAAUGUGUAUGGCUUCGACAUGACUUGUAUUCGCAAUGUGGCAAUCAAGGAGCCGCUGGUUGACGUCGUGGACCAGAAACAGGUGGUGACCAACUCCUGCCUGGUCAAAGAAGUGGACAUCUACACGGUGAAGACUGAGGACCUUUCUUUCACGUCAGCAUUCUGUCUGCAGAUCCAGAGAAACGAUUACAUUCAUGCACUGGUCACCUACUUCAACAUAGAGUUCACCAAAUGUCACAAAAAAACUGGUUUCUCCACUGCUCCUGAUGCUGCAUACACCCACUGGAAGCAGACGGUCUUCUACUUGGAGGACUAUCUGACCGUGCGAAGAGGAGAGGAAAUCACUGGCAGCAUUGCAAUGAAGCCUAAUGACAAAAAUGUUAGGGACUUGGACUUCACCUUUGAGCUGGAUUUCAAAGGACAACUGUGCGAGGCAGCUAUAGCCCACGACUACAAGAUGCGCUAGAUUUUGCGGGAAGGGAAUGGGACUCCCGUGGAGAAGAGGAACCCGUACAGACCACACCUAGAAAACAGACUCCAAAUGACACAGAAGGUUGGAAAAGCUAAUCUGAGGUGGCCUCACUGACAUCUCACUGUAAGACAGGAAGCCAUUGGUGCAGACUGUUAAACAACCCUGAAUGUAAUACUGAAAAAGAAAAACAUUUCUAACUUGCUGAAAGUUAGUGAUUCUUGCUGUACAUGUAAGUGAAAUGGAGUGACGUUCGUACCAGUGUUUAUGGUUAAGUUUAUAACUCUAUGGCUCUCAUAUUGUCCGUCUUUUAGUAAUAAUGUGGUUGGUGAAAUGUUGGUUCUACGGAUAGGGAGUUGUAUCAAUUUAGGCUCAGUGAUGUUAGAAUUUGCGUCUGAGCACCACAGCCAAGGACAUACUUGUUGCAGGUACUGUACUGUAUAUACAGCAGGUCUACUCAUGUGUGCGUUACGUGAAAGGUAAUUUGUUGUUAAUAGUUGUUGUGCUGAUUCUGUGUGUGAUGAAUGGUGUUAAAGGCAGAUCUCCAUAUUAGUGUGCUCUACAGUAUGUUGUCCGUUUGAGCCGGUGGUGUUUGACCUGCCUUUAAAAUUGGUGCACAUGUAUAAUCUAACGAGAUCUAAUACAAGAACUUUAUCAAAAACGUUAACCUUCUAAACCACUGGGAACUACUAGGGCUGUCCUCGGCCAAGGGUUUUCAUAGUCGAAUAUGAUUUGUUAGCUCAGUCGAUUAUGGGCAAAACAUUUUUGUUUCUAUGUUAGCAAAGAGCACAGCCAAUGGGGAUCCCUACAAAUAAAAUGUCAUUAGUGACUUGUUCCACUUCAACAAGGCUAAAACGGCAGAAGUUGGAUAGUUUGGGGUCGGCUUCGGCACACCCACUGGACCCAAGAGGCCUCGGGUUCUCAACUCAAAUCAAAUUGUCGACUAUUCCUAGAAAGACAUCCAUAGAAACUACAAUAAUAAUAAACAAAGUACCAUACAUCCCAGCAAAUAAGCAAUUCAGCAUUAUUUUUCAUUAAGACCUUAGUCAAAAUAGGCAGUUUUUUUUCCCCUGCAGAAAACACAUUUAGUUCCUCUUAAUGUUGCUACAAAAUUUAAGGAGAAUGUCAAAUUAGCAGAAAGGUUUGGAGGAGGAGGAGUGAGCAUUGUGUCAAAAAUAUGAUUUUGUAUAGGCAAAUUGAUUACUGGCUAAGUUUCGCUUUUAACAGCUGGCCACCGAACGUAACCCUUGCGAUUGGCUGGGAUAUACUGUUGUUAUAUUUAUGUAUAUUAAGGCAUUUUUUUAAUUACAGCUCUUGUAUUGGGUCUCCAAAUGAGGAGGCUUUAUUCCCUGAUUGAUGCCUUUACCAAGAUCCCAAGUGUUCCUGAUUCCUUCCGCAAUGCUGCAUUUACAAUUGUUUUAAUCUGUAAACACUUUACUUUGUGUUGUUUUGGUGUGUUGUCAUACGCUUUAAUCAGCCAUGUCAAACCUGUUAAGAGUGACAGUAAUGGAAAUGUGAACCCUCCCAAACAACAAUUUAGUGACACUUAACUGUACGCUUUUGCUUUAUAAGUAUGCUUUUAAGUUAUUUGGGAAGGUAACCCAGCAGGCACAAGACGUUGACUAUGCGUACAUGUCCUUAAAAACUGACUUUGAAACAACAUAGCAAAAUAGUUGUGUUUGUAAAUUUAGACAACACUGAUGUCCAUCGUUGGAUCCACGUUGUUGGUUGGGAAAUAACCAAAUUUCAAAGGUCAAAUCAACAUCAUACCCUGACAUUGAAUUAACAUAGUCAAAAAGCAUGUUGUUUCAACGUUGUAUUUGUGUUGUAGAAUUUUGGUUGGCAAAUGAGCAAAAAUUCAAUGGUCAAAUGAACGUCAGAACCAAACAUUGAUUAAACGUUGUCAAAAAGCAUGUUGUUUCAACGUUAUGUUCGAGUUGCUCAACGUCAAUUCAACAAGUUCUCAACGUUGUUUUAAUGUCUUGUGCCUGCUGGGAAUGAUUAGGAUGUUCUAUCUGAGGAGGUUUUAGAUUAUUUUAAAGCCUCAAAAAGGUGUGCUGUCGAUUAAACACACCAUUUAUAAAGCAUGCGACUGAUAAUAGUAACAAUUAUUAAGCAAAUACCUGCUUUCUGAAAGGAAUUUGCUUUUUAAUCAUGUGUAUUUUCACAGAUUUCUGGCUUCUACAAAUAUUGUAGGAACAUUGUAUACAUUGUUAGAAGUCAUAUUUUAACUUUUUUCAUUGAUUUCAAGUAACAUUUGUAUUUGUUUCUUUACAAUUUUGCAAUGUGACAUACAGAAACAUUUUAAUAAACAGGCUUUUUUUUUCAUGUGUAUUAUAACUUUUGAUUUGAAAUAAAUACUAUGUUUCAUAUCUUGUAAUGACACCUUGAAAAUGUAAUAAACUGCAAUG